UACAAGACAGGCCCUUAACAAUGGAUGUUGUCAUGAUUUUCUCUAAGCUAUGGACUUGCCUUGGUAUCUGUUUAGUGAGAAGUAUGAGUAGCAGUAUGGCAGCUACAACAAAGCCCCUUGUUGGCCAGCGUCACAUGCAGCCAUCCACCUUUGCCCUUGAUGGACGCCCAACCUCCAGUGAAUCAUUUGGUACAAUUCGGAGGAAGUUUCUCACGGCUCCUGUCCCAGAGCCGCCAUGUGAUGCUGAUGAUCAAGAUGAAUUCUACAGGCCUCCAAAGGUCAGUAGUGCAAAGGGAAAGAAGAAGAAGAAAAAAGUCAAGAAAGAAUCAUUUGAUCUGGACAUUGACGAGAGGGAGAAAGAGAGACUUAAAGAAUUAAAGGAGUGGUUGGAUACAGAUGCUGAUAAAAGUGGGAUACACCAUGAGUUGAAGAUAGCCAUGUUGAAACACAUGAGGGUUUUGGAUGAUCUCGAGAAGCUUAAAGCUCAUUACUAUCUUGAGUACAUGGAUGCACUUACAGACAAGGUGGAGGAGCAGCGAAAAGAUAUUCAGAGGAAGAGUGAGCUCAACAGAAAACGAAGGCUGAAGAAAGAGAAAAAGGAGCGAGAAGCAGCUCAGAAGGCUAAAGUCCAGAUGCAUCAUCCUGAGGUCUCUACAGAUAAUACCUUCUUGAAAGGCUUAUCAAAAACUAAGUUCCAUAAUAUUGUGAUCUUACAAGACCAUCUUGCGAGGGAAGGGCGCCUGAGGACAGACGAGCAUGUGAGGGCGUACUGGGAGCACAUGAGCAAAAAGGAGAACUACCGGAAGAUCUUUGGCGAGGAAGGAACGGAACACCAGGAUGGUGUGGGGACCAGUAUUGGGACCAAGCCUACAAAGACAGAAGUGGAGAUGGUGGUGCCUGGUAGCGAUGCCCUCAGCCAAGGCUCAGGAUCUGACUCCAUCCCUGAGAGCGUCUCCCUGGCCUCCAUGCGUCAGCUGGAUCCCCACCAUCCGGCCUACCUGGACCAGAUCCAAGAGGUCAAGGAGCCCUCCAGGCCUAACUCCAUGGGAGGACCUUACCUCCAGUCCUGGAUCCAACAGCCCAAGACCAAGAAGAAAGCUGUACAAGCUGUCAUGACUAAGAAGCCUGUUCAUCCGAAGGUCCUGGAAAUGGAACAAAAAUGUCCUAGGGUUGAAUUCCCUAAAUUGGCAGCUUUCACCCUUGACCUUGAGCCUCCGAAGGAAGAUCCUGAAGUGGAGCUGAUGCGGGAGGAAUUCCGGACGAGGGCUCGCCUACGCAACGCUGAAAUCGGUCGACUUCGUAAGAUGUACCAGUCUUCCCUCACAAACAAUGCAGCUACACAGAGAAUAUUUGAUAUGAAAGAUGAAUUCAGCAGAGUGUUGAAUGGACCAUCUCUAGGUGAUGUGCUGUAUGCCCAGGACCCAUCUGAGCAGCUUUCCCAUAUCGCAAGGCGGAUGGCUAAUGAGGGAGCCGAGGAGGAGGAGGACAGAGUGGAAAGACUAGCCCUGCUUCCUCCCAACUCCUCAUCUCCCAGUCAAGGACCAAGCCGUAGCCGCAGCAACCCUGGACAACCCAGCCCUGGUUUUGCUAUCGAGAGGAUAUCUGAGGAAGGAGAUUUAGAAGAAGAGGAGGGGAAAUUCAUCAUCUAUUCCAGCAGGUCGUCGAGCAGACGAAGUUCCUUGACGUCUACGGAAUCAGAGAGGAGGAGGAACAUGCCUGUCACUCCUGAACCGCCCCAGCCGCUCCCUCUGACGUUAGAUGCAGUCAUGGACCACACUGACACCAAGGUUGUCAAGUGCCCAAGCACACUGUGGAUCAAUUACGGCAAGUUUCUUCCUCCAGUAAAAUGAUAAUUGGAAGGAUCCAGAAGGCCGGAGGAGAAAGAGUUAUUAUCGUUAUGGUUGUUACACGUGCUGACACUAUACACUGCUGAAAGAUGCUCAUAUUGCGUGUGUCUUUCUUACUCGAACAUGAUGGUCGAUUGUCCAAGUACAACAUGGAUCACUUGUGUCAAGUUUCUUCCCAUAGUUAAAUGGCGUUUGGAAGGAUCGAAAGAGAGAGAAAGUAACCUGAGGGCAUUUCAUCAACAUUUUGUAUCUGAAAGUUUGUCAGAUCUGUCAACUUUCCUUGAUCAUGAUUGGCUGAGAAGCAUUGUUACUAAGAUAACUAUCUGAUAAAACAGUCUUGUCGGAUGAAAUUUCUGAGAAAUCUUUCGUGAAACGCUCCCUGAGAUCAUUCUUUUUAAUAUAAUUUCCGGCCUCAUACUGUGCCAGAAGGAUUUGGAAAUGGCCAGUAGAAACCAAACAGCCUGCCCCUCCAGCUUAUUUGUCAUUUCAGAUGCUUAACAUUUUUAGUCAUGGUUAAAUAAUACUUUCUGGUUAAACAAGCACUAUUGGCAAAUUUUGUAUUUGAUCAUCAUGCUAUUGAUCCCUAAAACUGAGAAAAUAUGGAAAUCCAAAUAGGAGUCUUGAUUGUCUUUAAGCACAUUUCCAUUGAAUUUGCUCCCAGGGGGGGGGGGGGGACCACUUACGUUGACGAGUGGAUACCAUGCGCGACCAAAAAAACACGUAAAAAGGAUGUCUUUUUCAAGAUAGGGCACGUUACGUAUGUAACGUGAUAAGGGUGUCAAAAACACAAAAAUAAUGAAAAAAGGGUAUCUAUUUCGCUAGGAAAGCUACGUGUUUAGGGUCAGCGGGGAUGAUAAAACAAAAUUAAAAUGUUUUAUAAAGGAUGUCCUUUUUGCCCCAAACAUUACGAGUCCGAUUUGCGCCAUGUGUAAAGGUAAAACCGACGGAUCCGUGACAUAUAACAAUAAAAUAUCGCUGUACUUGUUUAGGGGUUCAUUUCAGGGACUACUUGCCAAGAGUAUCGUUUUGUUUCCAAUACUUGUUAAGGGUAGGGUUUCACACACCAAUACUUGUUAAGGGGUGUAUUUUCAGAAUAUGGAAAAUACGUGUUUAGGGUGUUUUCGAGACCCCAUGGUCGCGCAUGGUGUCCACUCGUCAAUAGAAGUGGCCCCCCCGGGAUUUGUUGAUGUUUAAAGUUCACCUCAUUGACAUUGAAAAGCAGAUUAUGUAGCGGUCUCGUUCUGUUUAUUAGAAAUUGUUCAUAGAUAAAAAACAAACGAAGAAACAGACAAACUUGAGGGUUCACAGUUGAGCAUUUUAUUUACCAACAUUUUGCAGAAUAUUGUAUACUUUUACAUACAAUGGAACAUAUAUAUCACAUUCUCACAUCUUUUUGUUGACUGUGCAAGGAAUGUGAUGUGAGAUGACCUAUUUUAUUGCUACUUUGGUGGAAUUCGUUUCCUUGGUACACUAAAACAGCACUCUCAAAUUGUGCUUUACUUUUGAAUGUGCUACAAAUUAUAUUGAUUAUAUAAAUGAUUUAUUCAAAAUCGAAUUAAGUCAAGGAGGGUAUAUAAAUUAGAAUCUAGGUGAUAUUAAAAUUUAAUGUUAAUGAUGUUGAUUUGUACACCAAGAGUAAAUAGUAAAAGAAAAUGCAUUGAAUACAAAAUUAAAAUGUAUCAUGUUUCCAAAUAUCCAAAGCUAAUGAAAUUUCUUUAUUUUAUCAUAAACAAAUUAUUCAUUUGUAUUAAUGUUUUGAUAACUAUAUUUUAAGUAGAUUAUGGAUAAAUUCUGUAAUUAAUAACAAUCAGAAUUAAAUCUUUCCUGUUAAACAAAGAAAGUAAAGUUGAUACAUACAUGUAGCAAGAUAAGAUGAAUUUUGUCCCAAAAAAAAGAAGAAUUGUAAAAUGUACAUCAUUGGAUCCUCAAUACCUCUCUUGCUGUGAGUGCUUCUAUUUUUUAUAUGAAUUUCAAAAUGCUUUAAUCUUCCUACUUAAAAUUAUAAUUCUGAUGAAAUUUCAAUGUUUAAAUCAUGUUGUUUGGGGUAGACUUGGCAUUAAAUUUGAUCUGUUUAUUGCACCUUUAAAGAGUAUUACUAGAUAUUAACAUCUUGAUAUGAAAAUCUAUAUCAUGUUUAGUGCAAUGUUCAUAAAAGCUGGUUAUAUUGCUCACAACUGUCUUAAUAUGAACAUGUACUCCCAUAACAAUAAAGAUAUCCAUUAUUGCAUUUGGGCCAAUAUGAAAUUAUGUAUGUCAACUCUCCUGUGUGAUGUAUGUUUGAUCAGCAUUAUUUCUUUAAAAUAUAUCAUAAAUUUUAUCAACCAAA